AUGGCGUUCCUUGCCCUGAAGGAAAGGUAUGGCCAGUCACGCCAGUUGGUACAGAGCGAACUUAGACAUAUCAUGAAUCUCCCGCAAGUAAGAUAUGGUGACAGUGAAGGAUUUGAGAAUUUUGCCCUGUCUGUUCAUUCUCUUGUAGGAAUUCUACGAUCAGUAGAUGGUGAUAACAGUAAUGAACUCAGAUGUUGGUCUCAUGUUGACCGCCUGCUCAGCAAGAUGUCUCAAUCUCACAGAGAUAGCUUCAUAGAACAUUGUCUCAACAAGGGUAUUCUCACAGCAGAUGGUGGAUGUUACACGCUGGUGGACUUUUCUAAUUGGCUACAAGUGAAAGCAAGAGCAAAGCGCAUUGCUGCCGCAUCCGCACCUCAAUAUGAAAAACCUGAAAGGAGUAACCAGACCAACAAUACUCGUCAAAGACAAGAGAAAGCUACUCAUACAAAGUCGUCACCUACAGCAGUAUUCAAUACAAACAUGGUACAGAAAUCCUCUGAAUCGUCGCCAAAACCGAAACCGUCCAAGUUUGAGAAAUUCAGGUAUUGUCCAUACUGUAAUAAUAAUGAUCACUUCUUACACAGAUGUCCACACUUCUCCAAAAUGACCACCCAGGAGAUCGCAGACUGGAUCAAGAGAGGCUCCCGAUGUAGCAAAUGUGCAAGGUUUCACAAACCUGAGAACUGUACACUGAAGAAGCCUUGUCAUGAGUGUAACAACUUACAUCUGACCGCACUCCAUGAGGUCAUGCAGACUGGAGUGGACAAGAUAUAUAGCCUCAGAACUGACAAUUCUGAAUUUGUUUAUGCAGACCAACCAUCAAAAUCACCGAACGUACUGUUAAAAGUUGUGAAAGUUCUGCUACAUGGCCCCAAUGACAGAAAGAUGGAAACCUACGCAUUACUUGAUGAUGGUUCAAUGCGAACUAUGGUUCUGCAGCCAGCUGUUAAUGAACUGAAAUUACCUAGUACCCCUGAUAAAGUGUUGCUAACUACUAUUCGCCAGGAUCCUUUCUGGUGUACUGGAUUUAAUGUUGACCUACAGAUUUCCACCACAGAUCACCCUGAUCUUCGAUAUGACAUUACCGGAGCAUUUAGUGCCGACAACCUGUGUCUGUCCGAGUACAAUUACCCUGUAAGAGAGUUACAAGCUACAUAUCCUCACCUGCGGGACUUGCCUUUGCCAACCAUUUCCCAGGCUUGUCCUAUGAUCCUAAUUGAGUCGGAUCAUGCUGAUCUCAUCUUACCACAGAAACCUGUUGUAUUCGGAGCAGAUGGAAGCCCAGUUGCCAUAUGCACCCUUCUUGGAUGGACAUUGCAAGGUCCAACUAAAGAAAUAUCACCACAGAAAGCUGUUCAAUCUUACUACACUGCCUUGGAGAGGAAAGCAACACUUAUGAAUCAUGUUGAAAGAUUGUGGCAAUUGGAUGUGCUACCUUACUCAGAGAAAAAAGUGGUGAGAUCCAAACAGGACAUUGAAGCACUACACAUGCUUGAGGCUCAAACUGAACUUGCUACGGUGGAUGGUGUUCAGCGUUAUGCCACCCCAUUAUUGCGUGCCAAGGAUGCUCCAAAGUUUGAAGCUACUGAGGCAGCUGUGAUGCCAAUUCUCAAGCGUACAGAGAAGAGACUCGCCAGCAACCCAGAUCUAGCUGAUAUCCAUAAUCACCUGAUAGAAAAGUUAGUGACAGCUGGUUAUGUCAGAAUCCUGACUCCAGACGAAAUCAAAGGCACAGAGUCUUGGUAUUUCCCUCAUCAUGUUGUUGACCACAAUGGGAAGUAUCGACUAGUGUUCAACUGUUCGUACAACUCGGCUGGUAUAUCACUGAACAAUUACCUGUUACCUGGCCCUGUGUUGGGUCCGGUCCAUCAUUACUCGGAGUACUUGUGCGAUUUCGACAGCAUCAGGUCGCUGUAUCUGGAGAUAUACAAGCCAUGUUUCACCAGGUGCGUGUCCUGCCCAGGGAUAAACCACUACUACGCUUUAUCUGGCGCAACAUGGAGACAUCAGUGGCACCAAACACAUACGAGUGGCAGGUACUUCCCUUUGGGACUACCUGCAGUCCAUGCUGUGCUACUUAUGCCCUUCAGAGACAAUUAUUGA